AUGGCAAGUGAAUCGCAAUUCGCAUAUCAUUUAAGUCUUUUAGCCAUCGGAACCACCGAUGAUGAAAAAGAGGAGACAAUAUCAGCACCGAUUUUCACCGGUCCACUUCUCCAGCUGCCUGAGCUGUUGCCUUCUCAAUUUGGGUUGCUCGCACGAUCGAAGCGUAUCCAACAGCCAGGGGUUGUAAACAAGACAAAUGAGGGAAUUGAAGACGACCCCCGCGUGUUUUUCAACGUUUCAGCUCCAUCGAGUACUUUUAUCUGCGGAUCUCAGGGCUCUGGUAAAAGUCACACGCUCUCCUGUCUCAUCGAAGACUGCUUAGUGCGCUCCAAUGCGGGGUGGCUCUCCAAUCCUCUUACAGCAGUUGUUUUUCACUACGAUACUUUUAUUUGUGACAGUGGCGGAUCUCCAUGCGAGGCCGCUUUCAUAGCAUCGCACUCUGGAAUCAAGGCCAGAGUACUUUGUGCCCCGACCAAUUUCCGGACAAUCCAGGGUACGUAUGCUAGGCUGAACAUUCAAGUUGAAAACUUGCAAAUCGAUCAAAGUGAUCUCAAUACAAAGCGAAUGCUUGAUCUCAUGGCAGUAGGUCAAGAGAAAGGAGCAGUGCCGCUGUAUAUGCAUACCGUUCAGCGUAUCCUGCGCGAAUUGCGUCUCUUGCAGCAAGAAACUGGCUGUUCGUUUGAUUACUCGGCCUUCAAAAAACGAGUUUUGAAUGCUGAUCUUCUACCGAGCCAACUCGAGCCUUUGAAACAAAGAUUGGAAACACUUGAGAGCUUUAUGCCGCGCCAGCAAGCAACAGCUACUAUGAAGAACAAAGAUUUGAAGGGCAAGAGCCGUGCGAAAGGCUCCAUUUGGACUCCGGAGGUCCCAUCUCAGUUGACUAUUGUGGAUCUCUCCUGCCCUUGCAUCUCUCCAGAAACAGCCUGCUCACUCUUCAAUAUCUGUUUUGAGAUUUUUAUGGAGCAGGACACAGGGGUCGGUCGUGUUGUUGCCCUUGACGAAGCUCACAAGUACAUGAAGAACUCGAUAGAGUCUCAAAACUUCACCAACACUCUCCUUUCAACGGUUAGGUUACAACGCCAUUUGGGAGUACGUGUAUUCAUAUCUACACAAGAACCAACAAUCUCACGUGACCUUUUGAGCCUCUGCUCUAUUACGAUUGUCCACAAGUUUUCAUCGCCGGCGUGGCUUCGCGCCUUGCAAGGACAUGUAGCAGCUGCUGCUAUGGGUGUACAAUCCAGCGGGGAAGAGGUUAUAGAGAGAGAUGACGAUUUACCCUUGUCGGAAUCCUCGAAUAAGCUGUCCUUUUUCAACCAGAUUGUGGGCUUGAAAGUAGGGGAGGCUUUGGUGUUUGCCCCCAACGCUAUUUUUGAAAGAACAGAAAAAGACAGCAAUGAACGAAAAAGAAGCCGGUUGGGAGCAGGUUACAUGCUGGUACAAAUCCGGCAGAGGCUAACUGAGGAUGGUGGCCGAAGCAUAAUGUCCACUUAG